AUGCCGCCCUGUGCCCUGCUCCUCCUGCUGCUGUGUGUCCAGGAGGCAGUGUCCUCUGAGUGCCCCACAGACUGUUCAUGUACAUCACAUGAGUCUGUGUUCUGCGUCACGCGCCGCUCCAGCACUGUUCCUCAUGUGCCCUCCGACACUGAGCAGCUCUACAUUUUCCACAACGGCAUCUCCACCCUGGGCCCUGACGACUUCAAACACCUAGGGCAGCUGCAGAUGUUGGACCUGAGUCAGAACCAAUUGUCCCAUAUUCCCGACAAAGCUUUUGAGAUGCUGGGGAAGCUCAAGAACUUGGACCUGUCCACCAACCAGAUCCGACACAUCUUCAAAGACAGCUUCUCAGGGCUUGUCCAGCUCGAGCGUCUGUACCUCUAUGCAAAUCAGAUCCAGAGCAUCCAGAUGGGAGCCUUUGAAAGUUUACAAAACCUGUUGGAACUUAAACUCCAUGAAAACCUGCUCACGUCUCUCCCUGUGCUGUCCUUCCCACGACUCCUGCUUCUGGACCUCAGUAACAACAACAUUCCAAUGUUAGGACCAUCUGAUCUCCAAAUACCUCACCUGGAAGCUCUUAAGGUCUCCUCUUUGGGGCUAACCUCGUUGGAUGCAAACCUGAUGGCUUCACUGCUUAACUUGCAUUAUUUGGACAUUUCGAUGAACCAGUUUGUGGAGGUUCCUUUGGCCUUAAGGCAGGACAAUCUCAACGGGCUGAUUAGACUAAACCUGGCUGGCAAUCCUCUCAGAGAGUUGAAGUUGGUUGACUUCCACAAACUCCGCGGACUUCAUGAACUGGACCUAAGCGGAUUGAACCUUCAGAGCAUCCCUCAAGGGCUCCUGGACAACUUUCCGCGGUUGGUACAACUCACAGCUGCAGAGAACCCCUUCAACUGCCUCUGUCCAUUGGCCUGGUUUUCUGUGUGGCUCAAGGAAAAGGGGUUGAAUAUUGGGAGGCCUGAGGAGACCAGGUGCCACUUCCCUCUAGUGAAUGCCGGGAAAAUGCUUUCCGAACUAGAAUACAAGGACUUUGGGUGCCUGGAUACAACAACAGCAUUGGCUAGUACAUCUUCUCAAAGCAUGUCAGAUCUAACUACAGACAAACUGCAGACAAACGGAACCUCCAACACCAUAUUUCCGUCUUCUAUGGCCCCAUCUUUGUCCCCUCACAGCACAGAACAGCACUGCCUUUUGCCCUGCCAGAAUGGUGGGAGGUGUCACAUGGAUCAACUGGGUCAAAGGUCCUGCCAGUGUCCGAUGGGUGCUACUGGUCUCAACUGUGAAACCAAAGAAGAAACUCUCAAGCCUUGGACGACAGAUAUACCCAUGGUAGUCUCCAUUAGCUCGCGUCACGUCACUGCCACAUCCAUCCUGUUAGAUCUACACAGCUUUAUCCAGACGCAGCCUCAUAUCCGUGGCAUCAGGCUGACCUACCGCAAUCUGUCCGGGCCUGAUCACCGACCCAUAAUCCUGCGCGUCCCAGCCUCCUACCCUGAAUACACGCUGAGAGGUCUGCGACCCAACUGCACCUACUCUGUGUGUGCCAGUCCACUUGUAGAGAAGGCCCAGCAGCGUUACAAUGGGUCGCUGGAGAUAGUGUCGUGCACAGAGGCACGUACUGCUGGAGCCCCUCUUAACCCUCUGGAACCCCCUCUGAACACGCCAGGACCAAAGUCAGGGAAAAUAGAGCCAGGGCUGACAGCACUGGCCCUGCUUUUUGGAUUAGCAUUACUGCUUGGGACAGUGGUUUGUGUGAGGCAGAAGAUAAAGAGGAGGAGAAGCAAAGCAGAGCCAGAGAUGGAGGGAGUUUCUUCAUGCUCCUCAGAACCUAAUACUCAAGCUGGUCCAGAGGCAGGGGAUACAGCUCCUCACUUACAGUCUGACACUGAUCCUGCAGAUUCACAACAGAUCCAUGCCCUUCCAGAACUGUCUUGUGAGAACCAGAGCGAGGGACACCCAUGGGGACACCCCGUUGUGCUCGCUGUGGGGGUCAUGGACUAUGGCCUCAGGGUCCGGCAAAGCGGCUUCUCUACUGACUCUGCCGUGGAUCUCUGCCAUGGAUGCGGGCCUGUUUGCUUCUUGAACCUGAUUGGAGGAGUCGGCUCCGCUCUACUGCUUCAGCAGCUUUGGUUGCACUGGCUCGACUUCAGCUGUCAAAAGUCAUACGCUACGCUAACCAAGAUGCAGUUUCUGGGCCGGCUGCUGGACACUGUGUCCUCUGUGUCCACGAUGUUCACCAACCCGUACAGGGUGAAGGAUGUGCCCCUGGCAGACUACAGUGGGACGGGACGGCUUCAGCUCAAACAGGAGGGCCGCCUGGUCCUGUACAAGAACAGCAGCAGCCAAUCAUGGGACUGUAUACUGCAGUGUCCGGACAUGGCCACAGUUGCACUCAGGUUGUUCCAGGUGUCUAGUGAGCAGGAGGCUGUCUCCUGCUUCUCUCAAUACUGUCUGAAGCUCCGUCCCUUCUAUGAGACUGUGACGCUGAAGGCCGAGAACACGCAGCUUAUUGUUGACUGCAUCCGGAGCCACCCCGACUGGAGCACAGCACACAUCGCUGUGGAGACUGGUCAGAGGGAGUGUCUCAAACACAACUACGUCCAGAGUGAGAUAAACUCCCAGGACAGGUGUGGACGCACCCCGCUGCACCUGGCGUGUGCGCGAGAGGAUGCAGGCUGUGUGCGCGAACUGCUGGAGGAGAGCCAGGCCCGGACAGACCUCAAAGACCACAGCGGGGACACCGCCAUGCACUACGCAGCCAAGCAAGACUCUCCUGGAGUCAUUCAGGCGCUCUGCUCUCAGCUGUGCCCAGGGGUGAACGAGCUGAACUCUAACGGAGAGUCUCCACUGCAUGUGGCCUGUCGCCUGGGCAGGCUGCAAGCUGUCAAAGGCUUGUUGGAGGGAGGGGCCCGGUGUGACAUCAUCGGAGGCUCUGGAUACCCCAUUCACACUGCAAUGAAGUAUAGUGAGAAAGAGUGUGUGAUGGAGAUCCUGAAGGCAGAUGCGGGCCAGUUGCAGGCGGAAGACCCAGUGUACGGAGGGAUCCCGAUCCACUGGUCUAAGAACGCAGAGCUGUGCCGUUUGCUGUUGGAGAAUGGAAGCUCUGUGAACUACCUGAGUAAAACCGGGGAAAGCCCACUGCACAUCCUGACAAAGAAAGGGCGAUUUGAGGCCUCCAUGGUGCUGCUUACCCACGGGGCCAACCCAAACAUCAAGGGCCAGAAUGGAGACACAGCCCUGCACCUGGCCAUGAAGAUGGACCAUAUGGAGCUGAUCAAAGCUCUGAUUGUGUUUGGAGCUGAUGUGGAGAUACACAAUGACCUGGGAGAGACACCAGGGCUUAUCGCUGCACGCUCCAGCAAAGGUGCCAACCGAAAGAUCUUGCUGGACAUGCUGUGUAAUGUAGGGGUGCAGAGGUGCCACCCCCCUGCACAAGCUCCGCCCCCCUCCAAGCCUCCGUCGGCCAUCGGGUUUGAGACCAUGUUUCAGGAGAAGCGCACUGGUAAUCACAACCUGCAUCGAGUGGACACGGGCAAAGCCGGCAAAAGAAAGCUCGAGCGGCUGCUAUCUCUGGAUGGAGGUGGGAUCAAGGGCCUGGUGUUGAUCCAGAUACUCAUCGCUUUGGAGAAGGAGACGGGACGCCCCACCCGGGAACUCUUCGAUUGGGUGGCUGGUACCAGUACUGGGGGCAUCUUAGCCCUGGCCAUAAUACAUGGGAAGUCCAUGGAGUAUCUCCGCUGCCUGUACUUUAGAAUGAAAGAGCAGGUCUUUAAGGGGUCGCGACCAUAUGAGUCUACACCGCUGGAGGACUUCCUCAAGAAAGAGUUUGGAGAAGAAACAAAGAUGACAGAUGUCAAGUUCCCCAGAGUGAUGGUGACCAGUGUUCUCGCGGACAGACAUCCAGGAGAGCUGCACAUGUUCCGGAACUACGAUCCACCGUCUGUACCCAAAGAAUCUCCAUACGCCACGACUGCCUCCUUCAAACCCCUGACGGUCCCACAGGAACAACUCGUAUGGAGAGCGGCCCGGUCCAGUGGUGCGGCUCCCACCUACUUUCGGCCAAUGGGGCGCUUUCUGGAUGGAGGGCUACUGGCCAAUAAUCCUACACUGGAUGCGCUGGUCGAAAUUCAUCAGUACAACAAGUCUCUGAAGGUGGCUGGGGAGGGUGACGAGGUCAAGAAGGUGGGCCUGGUUGUGUCCCUUGGCACAGGCAAGCCUCCACAGGUGAGUGUGAGCUCUGUGGAUGUCUUCAGACCAUCCAACCCUUUGGAACUGGCAAAGAGCAUCGUGGGAGCCAAGGAGCUAGGCAAAAUGCUGGUUGACUGUUGCACGGAUUCAGACGGCUGCGCGGUGGACAGGGCCAGAGCCUGGUGUGAGAUGACCGACACACUAUAUAACAGGUUGAGUCCCCAGCUGUCCCAGGAGGUGAUGCUGGACGAGGUGGGGGACGGGGUGCUGGUGGACAUGCUCUGGGACACACAGAUGUACCUCUAUGAGAAACGCGACGUCCUGCAAGCCCUGGCCAUGGAGCUGCUCGGCCACUGA